GCCAAAAGAAAAAAUCAAAAAAGAAACUUAAGAAGAAAAUGGCAGGAGGGCAGUUUGUGCGAGUCUCUUGAAAACAACCUCUCUACUUUCGAGUAGGGGACUUGUAGGCAGCAAGCCAAUGAAAGCCUCACUGGGUUCUAUUGAAUAUAUCACAUCACUUUACCCGUCUGAAGAUGAAUCAAGCAAGAUAAAGGAGGCUGUUAGGACAUAUGUUUAUGGAGUAGAUUUUGUUCGUGCUGCUCUUUCUGUUAACAAUAAAAAGGUUACUCUUUUUCACUUCGAAUAUAAGCCUCGACCUGGGGUUCCAGAUGUCAUACGCACAUUACACGACCAUGGAGAACUUCGUGUAAUGAUGUUAACAGGCGAUCAUGAAGCAAGCGCAUGGAGAGUUGCAAAUGUUGCGGGCAUCCAAGUGGUUUACUGUAGCCUUAAACCUGAGGAUAAGCUAUAUCAUCCCAAAACCAGAAAGGGGCUAAUAAUGGUAGGCGAUGGUAUCAAUGAUGGCCCUGCUCUUGCUGCUGCUACUGUUGGCAUUGUUCUAGCUGAACGUGCCAGUGCAUCAGCUAUAGCUGUUGCAGACGUCCUGUUAUUGCAAGACAAUAUUUCUGGUGUUCCAUUCUGUGUGGCUAAAUCUCGGCAAACAACAUCGCUGAUUAAGCAAAAUGUUGCUCUUGCAUUGUCUAGCAUUGCCUUUGCCUCACUUACAUCGGUUAUGGGAUUUCUCCCCUUGUGGCUAACGGUGCUUCUACAUGAAGGUGGAACUCUUCUUGUGUGCUUGAAUUCCAUCCGUGCUCUUAAUGACCCUACGUGGUCCUGGAAAGACAAUAUCUCAAAGCUAGCUAACCAAUUUCGAAAUGUAAUUAUCAUUUGUAGAAGGCAUAAUGCCACUCGAUGCACCACCAUAAACAGAAUUUCGUCAGUGUGAAAUUCUAAGGCCUGCUCAAAAUUAUAUUUGACACAUUUAUCUUCAGAAACAAAACAUUUGCUUCGUGCCUAUGAUCGAUGAGCAGUACCCAGGAUAAAACAGAGUAAUAAAAUACUCUGUAUGAU